AUGGGUGAUGACAAAAGAAAGUUCGUAUACUUGUUAUCCUAUCAUCAGAGCGGUAGAACUAUCGGUACCGGAGCUUGUACUGCGCCGCAUGUAACGCGUGAGACUUCUGGAAAUGAGUUCGGCUGCGAGAUCCUCCGACCAUCCACAUCACGUCACCCCCCGUCCAACCCUAUCCGUGACACAGAUGUCACGGGUGACGAUACACUUGUGACCCAGAGCCGAGCCCGAGCAGACAUGACUGUCAGGUCAUCAUCCAUUUCUUCAUCCAUAACUUAUCACACCGGCAUUCGUCCUGUGCUCGAGUACCCCUUCUACACUACCACCGCCACCACUACCGCCAAUAUGACAGAAACAGCUGCUACUCCCUCAUCGUCCAAUCGUCAGAACAAGUCUGGAUCUCGGCCUCCCUCUCGUCCGCAUACUCCGCUACGCCGCUCCUCGCGUGGUUCCCUUGCCGGUAAAACGGUUGAUGAUGCUUUCCCGCUCAACGCACUCGAACCUGCAUUCGCCGAGCUCUCGGAUGCCGUGACUACCCUAGAAGUUAAUAUGGCGGAUAUGCAGAUUAUGCAUGAUAGCUUAUCCAGGUUUAGCGAGAGCUUCGCUAGUUUUCUCUAUGGAUUGAACAUGAAUGCUUUCUGCGUGGAUUUUACCGAAGCGCCGGUUCAGGAGUCAUUCAAGAGAGCGGAGGAGCAUGAGGUUACGUUGGGUCGAUCGGCGGGCCGUGGUUCACAGCAUGGCGGUUGGAGAUCUGAUUAUGACGCUGAAACUACAUUCUUAACAAACGACCAAUCCUUCGUUCACGAACCCGCUCCACCAAGGGUCCCGACCCCUACAAAGACCCCUGCCCGCCGUGGACCAAGGGGUGGUCGGGGAGGGCGGGGCAGUGGGAUCGCUAGGGGAAGGGGGGUUCCGAGGUACAAGUAAUGAAUGGGAGAUAACGAGGGCUAGUUUUUCAAUCGUAGCAUAGCGUGGCAGCAGUGAUAAAAUUUAAAAUUACUUGUA